AUGCAGGAGCACAUUCGACGAGCUCAUCCCAAUCACUACAUCCCGAAGCUCCCGGCCACCGAAGAGAGCUUCAUCCUGAUGGUCACAACGCCCCCCGAUCAACGUGCUCAUCUUUCUCCCCCGAUUCAAGCUCCCUCUCGCAGACAGAAUGGUGGGUACCGCGACCAUGUUCGAUCCGCUGGAGUCGACUGGCACCACAAGCAUCUGACGCUUCCAGCCAAUGCAGAUCGAGACAUCUACGUUGCGGAUGCCAGCUCGCCUGCAACUCCCCGGGGGAUCGAUGAACCUCAUCCCGCUGCUGCCACCGCUGCGGUUGCGCUGGCGCAAUUGCAUCAUCAUCGUCUAGCAUCGGAUUGGGAUACCGACAUGGAUAUUCAUUCGGACAAUGAUAUCGGUCGGGACCGCAUGCGAUCGUCAAUUGAAUUGCCCUCUCUGCGAGACCAUUUCAAGCAGGACACCUUGCCCCCCUUCUCGUCGCCCCGUCCGCGAGAACUGCUUCCCUCGAUUCUCAAUCACUCUCCGCCCGGUCGCUCUUCGACAUUGCCCCCCAUUCAGACGAGAGACAAGCUUCCUCGUCCUCGCAAAUCUUCUAUCUCUCGGAAGAUGAAGCAUGGCCGGACUCGAUCGAAAGAAUUCGGACGACGUCCUAGCCUGGGCGAUCGCAAGGCACUCUCGGCGGAGCCGCAGACCGCCGCCUGGGCCCAGGGUAAGCGCUGGGAGGAUUUGAUCGAGGCAGCAACGUCGGCGACUGAAGCAGAUGAUGAACCCCACUCGGAGAUUGGUCGUUCCCCAACUAUACCCCCAUUGAUUUCCCACAUAACGUCGGUGCCCUCCAUGGCUCAGAACCGCUCGUCGCUCCCUCCUGCUUUCCAGUCCGGGAGCUUGCCUCCACCGGCCUCGCAUCGCCCGUUCCAGCCGCUCUCGUACGCUGCAUCCCCUUUGCACAAAUCGCUCACCCCGCCACCAUUUGAAACACGCAGCCGGGACAGCGAUCUUGAGCCAUUCCCGUCCAUUGAGUCGUCUCUCGACUCCGCGUCGUCAGCGUCGGGCAAGACCUUCGGGUUCGGAAGGAAUCUCUCCGGGUCCGUGAAUUCCGACUCCAGCCCAGUGCUGAAUUUGUUUCCACCUUCGGCAUCUCAGCGCCAGCAUCAUCGGUUCUCGAAUCCCACGCCGGCCUCCUUCCGCAACAAAGAUAUCCAGAUCUACUGUGCCAGUUGCAAACGGCCGUCGGCCUUGAAUGACUGCUACGCCUGUACCGAGUGCAUUUGCGGUGUGUGCCGGGAGUGCGUGGGGAUGCUCAUGGGCAGUCCGCCGGCGUCCUUCAAGAAUGUGACCUCCAGCCCUGGCAGCGCGGUCCCCACGGGGAACAACGCGGGGUACGGCGGCCCCACCAGCUAUCCCAAUCCUCGGGGAUGUCCUAGAUGCCACAGCGUCACAGGCAAAUGGAAGGCAUUCCAACUGGAAUUUCGAUGA